AUGGACCCCAACUGCCCCUGCUCCACUGGCGGCGCCUGUACCUGCGCUGGCCCCUGUAAGUGCAAAGACUGCAAAUGCAGCAGCUCCAAGAAAAGCUGCUGCUCCUGCUGUCCCGCGGGCUGUGCCAAGUGCGCCAAGGGUUGUGUGUGCAAAGGCGCGUCUGACAAGUGCAGCUGCUGCGCCUGA